AUGAUUCGCUCUCUAGAUAAUUCAACUAUACGACGUAUUUCAAGUGGACAAGUUAUCACAAAAGUAGAAGACGUCGUUAAAGAACUUAUCGAGAAUUCCAUCGAUGCUGAAUCAACUUCUAUCGAAGUCAAGUUAGUGGGCGAUGGAUUAACUUCUAUCACCGUCAAAGAUAAUGGUGUGGGAAUUCUAGAAUGCGAUAGACCAGCUAUGGCAUUGAGAAAUCAUACUUCAAAACUUUAUGACUUUGAAGGCUUAAGCAAAGUGGAAACUUAUGGUUUUCGAGGCGAGGCUCUUAAUUCAAUUUGUGCUGUAACUGAGUCAACACAAAUAACUACAAAGACUGAAAAUGAUCCGGUUGCAAUUCUUUACACGCUUGAUCAUUCUGGAAGGAUAUUGCAUGCAAAAUCAUCAGGAUCGAGUCCUGGAACCACAGUUACAGCUAUAAAAUUAUUCUCAAACGUUCCGGUUCGAAGACAAGUCGCAAAAAAAAUUUCUUCCUUGAUUGGGAAAAACGUUCAAAAUCUUUUAAUAAUCUAUGCGUUAGCACAUCCACGUAUAAGAUUUUCGUUAAAACAGACUUAUGAGAAUAAUUCAAAAUUAAAAUUUAAUGAGGGUAAUUGGAUACAACCUGCAAUGAAAAAUACAAUGGAUGCUGUAAUAAAGCUCUUCGGUAAUGAAUUGGCUAAUGAAGUUCAAUUUGGUGUAUGGAGUUCGAAAUCUGAAGAUAUUGAAAACGUUGGAAAUGAUAAUACGGAAGCUCAAUAUAUUAUUACUCUUGAAGCCAUUUUACCGAAACCUGAUGCUGUUUCACAAAUAAUUUUCAAGAAUGGCAAAACUUUUAUUUACGUAAAUAAUCGUCCGGUAACAACAACCAGAGGGGAAAUAAAGAAUCUCGUGUCGAUGGUGAAAUCCGUUUAUAAUGUAAUGGCAUGUCAGAAUGGAUGGACGGGAAAUUCGAAGACACCAUUUAUGUGGAUAAACAUCAAGCUACCAACUUGGGUUUAUGACGUAAAUGUUGAACCAAACAAGAACGUUGCGCUAUUUCAUCAUGGAGAACGUUUAAUUGAGGCCGUUAGUAACUUGUUGGAAAUGUUCUAUGAUCUAAAUAAUCAGCGAGAAGUGCAGAAUACGGACGUUACUAUGGAAGGGGAUCAACCCAUCGAGUCAAUACUCGAUGAGGACACAAAUAGCAAUGGAGAUAUUUACGUUGAAGAAAUGAAUAUGGAUUCAUUAGAUAGAACGAUUCAAGAGAGUUGUACUCCACCUUCGACAUCAGAAUUUUACAAUAUACGUUCAUCUAAAAGAGAUGACCUAGUGUCGUGUUCGCCUUCACGUUCUGAAUCAUCUUAUAGGCAUAGCCAACGUGUAUCUGGAACCACAACACCAAUUCACGAUCGUGAAAUUGAUGCUUCGCGUAUGAGAAAGAUAUCAUCUAAUAUAAGUAAUGAUAUAAGACAUUAUGUGAGACAAGAAAUUCAUCCAGCUAAAGUUGAUAAAGGUAAACUAAAAAUGUAUGAUAAUGAAGGAUCUAGGGAAAGACAUAACUUUACAAAGAGAUCUGACCGAGUUCAAUAUGUCAACUCGAAUCAUAAAGAUGGAACUAUUGAUAAUUGGUUAAAGAAUUGUCAAACGCAGAAUGUUGAAGUGCCAUUUACUCCAACUAAUCUUGAGCCACAAAUAAUGAGUCCCGUUAACUAUGAUGAACAAGGAAGGAAUGACAGGUCAGGUGACGUAUCACGAAAUAAUAACACUGAUUCGCUAUCUCAUGAAGAUUCAUUAUUGUCAAGAGAUGGUAUCAAUCAAUCCCCGUCUCAGAACUAUAAUAGAGCGGUGAUUACUCGUAACAAGUUACCGCUUCAAUAUAAUAGGAGGAUUGAAGAUCUUUUAUUAACGCCUCCAAAUGAUAAAUCUGCAGCAAUGCAAAAAGAAGGCCCUGUUAUUCAAGAUCUGGUCAAUCCGUAUGGGCAUCCUCAUAACAAUAAAGGAAUACAAUUAGAGAGUGAUAUAAUUGAUUCUGAUCUUAUGGAUGGUUUGAUAGAUAAAAGAAACAGUAAUGAACGACUUGCUGAUGAUGAUAUUGCAGAGGUCAUGUGCAAACGUCCAAGAAUUGAUGAUAAUAUGGAAGGCGUUCUUGUUUCCGAGACAUCUAGAAACGAUUUAAAUGAAUUUGAAGAUCGUGAUUGCACAGAAGCAUCAUCGUUAAAUAAAGAUAAAAUUGUACAUUCCGAAUCUGAAGUCGAAAUUAAUUCUAAUCGAUUGCAUAACGAUCCUAUUGGAUCAUUAUCAACGUUAACGGACAAUCAACAAAUGCAAGGAAAGGAGACGGGCGUUCGGACUAUUGCAAUAGGACAACCCACAAUUGAUGAUUUAAUUAAAUCUGGCGCGAUAAAUCUUUCACCUAGUACAAAUAAUAAUCAUAAUAGUAAUGUGGCCACAGGGCAACACCUUAAGAAAAAACCAGCAAAUGAUAAUCGUCUUGCUAUUUCGUUGACCGAUGUUCUUGAUCAAGAAUUGAAAUUGAAGUUUGAUAAGCCAAGGAUCCUGCGAAGGAAUAGGUCAACUUCUAGACUCAAUCAAAUUGGGUAUUCUUUAUCCUAUUUUAACAAAUUAGAUUAUGGAAUGUGGGUUGUAACAAGAAAAUUUAACGAAAAGGUCGUGGAUAUUUUUAUAGUCCAUGGAGAAAGAAUACGCGAAUUGGUCACAUUAGAUACAUUGAUAACUUCUACAGAAUUAAAUCCAACUAGGAAAUUACUUAAUCCUAUUGAUGUGACAAUAGAGCAACUCGGAUCUGACCGAGCAAUUGAAUGUUUAAAAAGUCUUACAUUUGAUCAAAUACCAGAUGAAAGUGGUGCCGGUAUUUGGUGGAAUAUGAUUACACAAAAAUGUCUUACAGCGAAUGGUGUCAAAGUCAGAUGGAGAGAAGAUAACGGGCAGAUAUAUAUACAACUCACGCAUAUAUCACCACUCGUUCAAUUUGCCACCGUAGUUGAAUAUUUUGCACAUUUAAUGAAACAUCUUUGCAGUUUGAAUAUAGACAGUAAGGAAGAUAUACCAUUUUCAAACACAAGGUCACGUCUGACGAUGCAAAUACUUGCAAGGGAAGCAAGGCAAAUGGUGAAACAUGAGGAUUGGACCAUUAAUAAACGAGAUGAUGAAAUGAAACAACGAGUAAAAGAUGCUACCACGUAUUUGAUGCGUCGAAUGCAAAAUUUCAAACUUAAUGACCCUUCUGUUAUGGGAGAAAAUGAGAAUAAUGACGAAGCAACACCAAUUGCUAUGGUUGAAAAGAAGAAUGAAGAAGAAAUUUGGUAUAAUGAUGAAGUGGUAGUGAAAAUACUGUGGAGAAAUAUUGAAGAGGAGAAUUAA